GUGGAUCAUCUUCUCCGCUCAGAGUGGUUCACUUCACUGGAGACGAUCUUCGGUAGCCGGACGCUGUCACCGCGGUGCAUCAUGGUCCGGCACGGCGCUCUUUGCUUGUGUCCUGUGUGCUAGUUUGAUGCAGCAUGCUAACACGGACAACAACAACAACAACAACAACAACAACAACAACAACAACAACAACUACAACAACAACAACUACAACUACAACAACUACAACUACUGAAACAAAGCCCGGUGUGUUGGUUCAGGAAAGCCGGUAACUAGCGGCAGGUAACUGACUUGUGUUGUUUUCGUUUAAUGUCAGCACGAAUAUUAAUAAAUAAUAACUCCUGAGCUGAGAUAUGCAGCACAACAUGCUGUAGGAGUCAGUGUGUCUGUCAUGGACGAGCUGUAACUGUGGAGCAGGACUGUCUCCUCCUGUCCUGUCCAUGCUGUCCCUCCUGUAACCUUCUUUCACCUCUCAUGGAGGCUAAAGCUCAUCCACCUGUUCAUGGUUUGUGACUAUCAGCCCUUCAAACCCACUGUGGCAGUCUGUGUGUUGUGUCUUGAUGGAGAUGAAGCUACACAGGGUGAUGCUGGCAGGCUGCAUGACCUGCAGCAGGAUGUACAUGUUAGGUGGGAACUUUUAUUCAAAGCGCCUUUUCAGUUCUGGUAGUCCUCGGACUGGAGCCGUCCUGCUUUGCAGUGCUCGCACAGCACUCAGGUACACUGUGGCACCUGGAAACAGAAAGCUGGGACUGUCCAGCAGGAGCUCCAGUCAAACACCGCCUGUGUCUGGAUGUCAGGCCAGAAGAUCUCCGUCUGCUGCGGGGAGGAAGGAGAACCUGCUGCAAGGAGGUGCCACCUGGCCUGCUUCCUUUAUCCGCCACAGAGUGACGGACGCCCCUGUUUCCAGUGUGCCUCCGGCUUUUGUUGUGAUGAAGUUUGACCAAGAGGGGAAUGUGACAUCAUUUGAAAAGAAGAAAACAGAGCUGUGCCAGGAGCUGAGUCUUCAGGCCCGAGACCUUCGCUUUCAGCACAGUACCAGCCUCACUGCCAGAAACAACUGUAUUAUCAUACGAAUGGAGUCUUUGAAGGCCAUCGUGACCCCGCAGUCCCUGUUGGUGUUGGAUUUUCGUGGUCUUGGAUUGGAACGUUGGCUGGUAAUGGACCUGGCCUCUCAGCUGGCAUCGCAGACACACUCUCUGCCCUUUGAGUUCAGAGCACUAGAGGCCAUACUGCAGCACACGGUAAACACUCUACAAGCUCGGCUAAAUGAUGUUGAACCAGUGAUAUUGGACACGUUGGAAUCCCUCGUAGAUCCUAAAAUCCUUUCUGCUGACAGAAGUAAACUUCAUAUUCUGCUGCAGAACAGCAAGAGUUUAUCAGAGUUGGAGACGGACAUACAAGUUUUUAAGGAUUCCUUGCUGAAGAUUUUGGAUGAGGAUGAGAUCAUUGAAGAACUUUGCCUGACCAAGUGGACAGACCCAAGAGUUUUUGAGGAGAGCAGUUUGGGCAUUGACCACGCUGAGGAGAUGGAACUCUUAUUGGAGAAUUACUAUAUGCAGGCUGCAGAUCUGGGGAACAAGGCCAGAGAGCUGAAAGGGCUGAUAGACGACUCUGAGAGUGUCAUCUUUAUCAAUCUGGACAGCCAUCGUAAUGUGAUGAUGCGGCUGAAUCUGCAGCUGACGAUGGGCUCCUUCUCCCUUACCUUAUUCGGUCUGAUAGGAGUUGCCUUUGGAAUGAAUUUGACGUCAAACUUUGAAGAGGACCCUCGUGUUUUCUGGCUAGUAACAGGCUUCAUGUUCUUGGGCAGUGGACUGAUCUGGAGACGACUGCUAUCAUUUUUGGGACGACAUCUAGAUCCUUCAGUGCCCACUCUGAUCCCUCCAGUUUGGAAGAGAAAUCUGAAAACAUCUGACAUCAAGGCGGGAGUCAGAUGAUGUUCUACCUCCGCUCUGUAAAAUGCCACAGAACUCCCACAGACUCUGCAGCUUUAAAGACAAUUGUUUUAGCUCAUUGGACCUCCUAAAUUCUCUACAAAGCCUGGAGAUUUUUAUUUUUUAACAUACCUCAUUGUUUUACUUCCCCGUGCCUGCAGUAGAAGUUCAAACAAAGUGUAUUAAUGUUUGGAGAGUGACUCCAUCUGUUCUUCUGUGUCCCUCUCAUUACAUUACAUUUCUUGUUCUACAUUGGGGUUAUUCUUGAUAAACGAUUGGAUGUCUUCAUAUUAUGUCAUCAUAUGUGGAUAAAACAUGUGGGCACAGAGUAUUGCUCACUGGAUGGAUGCGUAGGCGAGUGACAGCGUUGGAGCUGAAACCAAUAACAAGCCAACUAAUACGAUAACCACCUACACGCAGUUGUAUGUUCCCUCAUUUCAGAAGUGAGAAAAGCGUGUUGGAAGGAUUGAAUCCUAUUAAUUUAAAUAAAUGUGAACAAAAUGAUAUUGUUAAAGUUUAAAAAGUGUUAUUUCCUCUGUGAUCACUAUGUACGUAGGAAUUUACCUUUGCUACGUAGUUACAAUGUGUAACAUUUAAAUGUCAGUUAGACCUUAAGUCCUAAAUUUAUUUCUAAAGAAUUCGUUUGAUGAUAAUCUGGUAUCUGAUGUGAUUGUCAGCAUCACUGAUUAUUAAUUCUCAGUGAUUUCUGAUGGUAAAAUGGCUGAGCUGCAGUCUUAUAAAAACAUAUCACUGGUUAAGCUUGGUUUUGAUAUUGUGUCUCACUUUGUUACCAUGAAAGAAGUACGACUUUAAAGCUGUUCCUGUUUGCACAAGAGCUGUUAGUAUUAUAAAUGUUGAAGGUUGAACCUCAAUGAAAACGUGUAAAAACCAUCUACCAAGAAAAGCUUUGUCAUUAGUACAUCACCACAUUAAAUAUGUUGACAACUCAUGCUUUACAGCACUGGUUUCCAGCCUGGGUUUCAGGAAAAUGCAGAUGUGAUUAACAGGACAGGGAAACAGAAAAAUUGUUAUUGUUAAAAUUGUUAUUGUUAUUGGAUAAUUUUUACAUCUUUGGAUGAAGUGGUCGAAGCUGAUCGACAUAUGCAAUAGGUGACAAGGGAUCACUGGUAGAUAUGGCUUUAUUUUCAGAGGUCACGAGCCGCACAUGUUGGAUAGCACUGCCUUAACAGAACUGUGUAUUUUUUGACUGUUGUAACCCUGUGUUAUAUUUAAUGCCUAUAAAAAAUAUUUAAAAAUA